GCGUUGUGUUGGGAUUUGGAAAUCAUUGAACACAUUGAAGUGUGUAAUACUGUAAUCAUUAGUAGAAAACAUCAAGUUUUGUUUGUGAAUCAGUGAAGGUUAUGUUUUGUUUCUAAAUAACUAUUACAGUAAUUGUUGCAAUCUUUUGUGAGCGAGUAUCAGAAUCAUGUUGCCCUUAUCGUUAUUACGUACAGCUCAAAAUCAUCCAAUGCUUGUAGAAUUGAAAAAUGGAGAAACUUACAAUGGCCACCUAGUGAGCUGUGAUAAUUGGAUGAAUAUCAAUCUGCGUGAAGUUAUUUGUACUUCAAGGGAUGGUGAUAAAUUUUGGAGAAUGCCAGAAUGUUACAUUAGAGGUAGUACAAUUAAGUAUCUUAGAAUUCCUGAUGAAGUAAUAGAUAUGGUCAAGGAAGAUGUACAAAUGAAAUCGAGAGGACGAGGAGACAUCAAAAGCAGAGGUGGACAAAAUCAAAGAGGUGGUCGUGGAAACAAUAGAAACGCAUUUGCUGGAAGAGGAGGAAGAGGACCAUCAACAAUGGGCAGAGGUGGUGGAGGUCAAAAACCAAAAUUAAAAAAUUAGUUUAAUACAAAAAUUAGAUUAUCUUUUAGAAUUUAGACAAUAAUAUAAUAAAUCCACUUUUUUCUCAUUUAAUACUCAAUUUAUUUAUCAACUUAAUUAUUAAUCUUACAAAAGACAUAAUUGAAACAUCAAUUGGAAUACUUCUGAUUCAUAGUCAAGUUAUGCUAGAAUACUUCAACGCACAAGUUGAUGAUUGUAAAGAAAUAAAUUUAUAGAUUACAUUCAUUA